UCAUCCCACACAUUCCUAUAAGACAGCCUUUGCUUCUUUCUCGAUACAAUUUUUCCCUCUCCUAAAAACAUUUUUAUAUUAUAAAUCGUUUUUCUGGAUAUGUUUAAUAUAAUUAAAAAAAAUUUUUUUUCAUUAAGAUUAUUAAAGAUCUCAAAAAUGUGGAGCAUGAGAUAAUCGUCCUUAAAAUUCUAUGUCAUUUUGGACAAUGUAAUCCGUAAUUUAACUAUUGAUAUCAAUUUAAAAGUCGUAUGAAUAAGUUUUUUUGGCUUAUUAUAAAUUUGGUAACUUUUUGUUGUAGUUUUUAAUGGAGCACGGUGGUUGAUUGAAUUACUUAUUAUAUAAUAUAUUUUUACAAUAAGUUCGGGUAUUAUUUUCCCCUUAUUCCAUGGUAGCUCAUAUUCUUGUAUAUCAAGUGUAACUGUUUGAAGGGCAACCGCGUCGACUAAUGAGUAGGCAACUACGGAUAGCGUCAGACGUUUAACUUAUUUUUUAUUUUUUAACUUGCCUAAAUAUUUUAUAAUAUUAAUAUUUAAUAAUAUUUUGUUACGCCGCUCAAGACAUUGAUACUAAUGAAUUCAAAAAAAAUUUUUAUCAAAGAUGUUCAAAUAAAUUACAUUUUAGUAGGAAAUGGACCGAAAAAAAUUAUUUUUUUGCCUGGAGCAUUAGGUAAUGUAUUCAAGGAUUUUGUACCGCAAAUUAAUAACCUCAACAGAAAUAAAUAUACAAUUAUUGUUUGGGAUCCACCUGGUUAUGGAUUAAGUCGUCCUCCAAUUAGAGAUUAUUCUACCGGAUUUUUUUACAGAGAUGCUGAUUAUGUAUUAGCAUUGAUGAAAGAAUUAAAUAUUCAUAAGUUUUCACUCGUUGGUUGGUGCCAUGGAGGGGUUACGGCAUUAAUUGCAGCUUCCAAAGCUACUGAUGCUGUUCAAAGUGUUGUUACAUUAGGAACAAAUGCAUUUAUUACAGAAAAAGACAUGCAAAUAUUUGAAGAAAUACAAAAUGUUGAAAAUUGGUUACCAGAGAGGAGGCAGCCUUUUUUAGAAAUAUAUGGUGAAACGUAUUUUACGGAAACUUGGUCUGCAUGGGUAGACGCAUUCAAGAUAAUUUUGAAAGAAAAUCAAGGAGAAUUAUGCAGUGAAAUUUUGCAUAAAAUAAAAGUACCUACACUUAUUGUUCAUGGAGCCAAGGAUCCUUUAAUUUCAAUUGAACAUGCAUUAUAUCUGAAGAAAAAAAUACUACAAGGAUCGUAAAUCAAUGAAUCUGACAUUGAGAGAAAUUUGUUUAACUCUUGACAUAUCAGCUGUUUCAUUAGCGUGUAUUGAGAUUUUUCAAAACAUUUAAAAAGUCCGUAACCGUCAAGGCAACAUUUAUUGUGUAUCCACCACGAGACCUUGAAAACGAAGCACAAAAUGUACAUAAUGCAUCAGAAAACGGAUGAAGAUUUAAUUAUUAGAUGGAUAUUUAGUAGAUAAAUUUUCUUCCAGCAUAUUUAUUUGGACUUCAUUAGACAUUUCAAUAGAUUUAGAAAAAGCUGUUUGAAUAAAGGAUUGUUUAUAUUAAAUGGAAUUUUAAAAAUAUAUUAUUCAGUAGUUAGUAUUUACUUAAUAACUUUUCUUAUAAUUUUAUCGUAGAAGUACCGUUUGCGUUAAAUAUUGUUAAUUAAAUAAAUAUUAACGGAAUUUAGAGAAAUAACAGAAAUAGUGUAAUAAUCGUAUAAUACUACAUAAAUAUAUCUGUGAAAAAAUUAAAAAUAAUUUCGAAAUAUUUCAUUUACAAUAACAAGUGUCCAGAUCUAUGCAUUCUGCACAAUAAUUAAUGCACGCAACAGCUCCUGGAGUGGGUACAGACCAGUUGGACCUCCUAGUAAAUCGGCCACUGGUGAUCUUAAAAUAUACUACUAAUAAAUUCAUUUAAUAAUUGUGUUACUCUACAAGAUUUGAAUUAAUUUGUAUAAUAGUGUAACAAUAUGAUCUUAAGUUAAAUGAAAAUAAUUUUAUAUAUAUAUAUAUUACUUUUACGCUUAUUAAAUAAUUAUUAU